AUGACUCACGAAUGGGGUAUUGUUUCGACAGCUCUCCAGGAAGGGAGACAUGAACUUGUGAUUUCUGGAAAAGAAAUUUCAGAAAUGAUCGAAGCGUUGGGGUUUGACCAAAGGAUUUAUGAUCUAAAAAAGCUCAAUUUUCUGGAGAUUUCACAUACUUGUUUGGAAUUUCUGUCCGAAGAUAUAUCAAAGCUUUCAAAUCUUGCGCAACUAUGUCUUACAUCAAACAUGCUAAAAGCUGUCCCAACCAGUCUCGGAUCUCUUCAUUGUUUACGAUCUUUGGACUUAUCCUUUAACAACAUUUCAAUGAUCCCUGACAUUUUCAACCACUUGCCUAAUCUAUCUAGUCUUAUUUUAUCUGGCAAUAAAAUACAAACUAUACCAUCUGUUCAAGGGUUAAAAUCACUACAUGAAUUCUCAGCUUCUAAGAAUCAAUUGACUUUACUUCCUGAAGGAAUCGAGUUGUUAACUAAUCUGGCAGUCUUGGAUGUUUCAUAUAAUAACAUUUCUAAUUUACCGAAGGAUUUGUUUAACUUAUCAAGUCUUAAGAGUGCGAAUUUUUCAGAAAACUCUUUAACUGAUUUUCCAGCUAAUAUUCAUCGUUGUCGCAAACUGAAUAUUUUAAAGAUUCAUGGAAACCCUUUUAAAGAUAAUCGGUUGAAAAGGCUUUCUGUCGAUGAACAUUCACCAACUGCGCUUUUAGCUUAUCUUCGUCGUUUGGACGAAACAGGAAACAAAAAAGGAAAGAAAGUUAAUGACAAAAAUUCACCAUUGAAAAAUUCAACCGAACCUGAAGAAAUGAAUAAUUCUAUCACUCGACCUCCGGAAGUUACGGGAAUUUCAAUGCCGCAUAUUGUCAUUCAACGCCCAAGGGACGAUGAAGAAUAUCAAAUUAAUCAGACUCACUCAGUGAAAACUGGCCCACGUCCUUACAUCGUUGCAUGUACGGUUCAUGGUGUAGAAUUUCCUUCUGAAACUAAACUGAAAGCUUUUCUACGAGCUCAAGAAAAUUGGCAUCGUGAUAUUGGCCAAAUGCGUCAUCAUGCAACUUUAGCUACUCAUGAUUUACAACUAAUCCGUUUUCCGCUUGUUUAUACUUUAAAGGAAGCAAAGUCAUUUCUAAUUCAUCCGUUAAAUAGAUCUCUUAAUGGUACUGGUGAAGCAUUUUUAAGACAAUUAGUUCAAGAGGCACAGUUGGAUAGAAAAUCUCGUAAACAAACAAAAUUUAGUCAAGUUUAUCGUUAUUUGAAUGUAUUGGAUAUUGAAAAUGCAAUAGUUUCAAAUGUAUUCAGUGAUGUGUUGGUUCCUAUUGUUGUGGAUAGUACACCAGUGGUUAUCUCAGUCCCUCCACUUACCAAUAGUCAUCACACACGUUUAACUGUUAACACACAUAAUAUACUGAUUGAAGUUUCUGGAAUCAAUUUACCUUUAUGCAAACAAUUUGCUGAAGUAGUCAUCGCUUGGUUAUUAGAAAAUACUUGUCCAAAAUCAAGGGAAAAUAAAUCCAGUGACAAACCAAAUACGGGGGAAGUUAAUACAACAGAACAAUCACAGCUUGUUGACGAAGUAGAUAAAAAGUUAACACUAAAAUCGAUUGUCGUUCCACCUAACUCUCUUGUAGUACGUCCAAUCCGUGUUGUCGAUGUUGAUUUCGAUUACAAUCUAUGUGUCAUGUUUCCAUCACGAUCGGAUUUAACUGAUGCAAAGUUUAAUACCAUACGUUAG